UAUUCAUUAGUCACGCACAAAUAACUGAAGGUUAACAUUGUUGAACUGAACUGCUGGUAGAUUCAUUAAGAAAUACAAGGGAAAUUACAAGGGAGUUUAAGAUACUCACACUUAAGGAAUUAACUGCGUUAAGCAAGGAAUAAUUAAAUGGGAACAAACAUUUGUAGGUGCAUUAAUUACAGUUACAGUAGAUGUAUUAAUCAAACAAUUGUAUAAGCUUCUGUAAAAAUCAAACAUUUACAACCCCACUGCCUAGGGGUAGUGGGGGAAGGCAACAGAUGUAAAUGAGCUGGGUUAGGAUGAGCAAGUUGUUGGUGAACAAUGAAGGACUGGAAACAACAGAGGAUGAAGAUGGGUUUGAUAUUGGUGAACAUAAAACGAGGUUCUGGGUUUUCCGACGGGUGGGUUUUGGUCCAGCUUCAGUUCGUAAAGAAGUAGUGUGGUAGUAAUCUGUAUUAAGAAGGUGCAAUAACACCCCUUUUGAUCCAUCCACUCUCGUGAGUCAUUCUGCAUCUCACCCCUUCGCUCGCUACUAUAUACACGUAUAUUUUUUGUCUUUUGCAUGUUCUACAGUGCAAUGUAUACUGUUUAAAUUAUCUUUCCUUAAAAAUACAAAAUUUACGAAAUGAAAAUCAAGACUGAGGCACCCAAAUGUCUAUAGCAGGGGCCCUUUCUGGCUUGAGAGAGAAGCUCAACAAAUAUGUGUGUGUUGUGUUGCAUAUAAAAAAGUAAUGCACAACUCUGUGUGACCCUAUCGACAGCAAAACUUUGAAAGUAAAAGAUAUCCUAAGCAAUCUAAGCCCUUUAAUCCGAAUGUUCUAUGGUAGAUUUACAAUGGAAACCCUUUUAUUGGGUCGUUAAUGCAUCUUCACUGAAGGCCAACCUUUUAUUGAAGCUGUGAAACAAAUUUGGAAUGAAGGGAUUUCGUCACUGCAUGCAACACUCACACGCUGUCUCAGGAUAGGCAAGGCAACUUUAUUUGUACAGCACUUUUCAUACACAAGGCAGACUCAAAGUGCUUCACAUAUAAACAUUGUCAUACAAUAAAAUAAAAUGAUAGAUGGGUAAAAGAAAAGAUAUGCCAAGAAAUGAGUAAAAAUAAAGUUAAAAAGCAUUUAGUAAUAAAAUAGAAAAUAAAGGCAAAGUUAAAAAAAGCUUUUUAGAAAGUGCAAUGUAUUUAAGAUUAAGCAGAAAGCUAAAGCAAACAAAAGUCUUCAGUGUUGUUGUAAAGGUGCUCAGAGUUGGGGCAAGUCUUAAAUCCUGCAUAGUAACUAAAUCCUGCUUUCCCAUGUUUCGUGUUUACUCUGGGGAUAAUUAACAGAUUGGUCUCAGAAGAUCUUAUGGGUUUAGAAGGCUUAUGUAGUGGAAGCAUAUCAGUUUAAUAGUUUGGGCCUAAACCAUGUAGGGAUUUAUAGGUUAGCAACAUGAUUUUAAAAUAAAUUCUUUGACCUACAGGAAGCCAAUGUAACGAUUUAUGAAUCAAGCUUACUAGUGAUAAAGGCAUGUACAAGUUUUUGUAAGUCUUCGGUGGACAUGAGCCCUCAAAGUCUUGCUAGGUAGAAGGAAGAAUAGGGGAAGUCUUUAAAGAUGGAUUUAUGUACAUGCAUAGGUCGAUGGAUCGAUAUAGAUCCUCUGUAAUCCUGUCAAGCAGUCUGAAAGGAUGUGUGUAUGAAGUGAAAAAAUGUUAUGUUACGGGACGCAGGAAAACAUACUGCUCUGCCCUUCGCUAGCAUUUUAUAUGCAUGCAAAUCUCAGUCGUCAAUAAAAACAAAUUUGAGAAUCAAACCUUAGGCAUAUGGUACUUUCUUCAAUCAGCUAUCCCUCAAUAAUGGCAUUAAAGGUUUUGAUUUAAUAACAAAGCUGAUCAACAAAGCAACAAAUAUAGGACAGAACAGUAUGUGACGUCCAAACAGAUCUAUGUUUCUUCUUGAGCAUUAAUGUGGUCUAGUGAUAUAUAUUUUUUUGCUGUGUUUAAUGCUGAUACAGUAAAUUAAUGAAGGCCAUUGCAGUUGUUGUUUUUUAAUACCCAAGGUGUCAACUGAUGAAGUGAAAUGUUUUUUUUUAGCUGACUACUGUUAUUCCUUUCCCUAGCAUGUGAGGAAGCAUUCUGGAUAUCAAAUAUAGGCAAAUCCCGGUCAGAAUAAAUUUGGAUGGUUAAUACGUUUGAUUUAAGAAUCACAUCUUAAGCCUCGGUAAUGUUCUGGAGCCAGCCAUUGCACAAGGGCCGCAUCAAAGAUUUCCGAUUAUUAACAAAGCUGAUAGAACGCAACAAAGGUAAGACAAAACAGAUUUACUUUUAUUGAGCGUGUAUAUGUUCUACUUGUAUGUACAUAUUCAUUUCUAGUUGUGUGUAGUGGUCAUACUGUAUGCAAUGUAGGCUGAUGCAGUUUUUGUUGUACAUUUCUAAUGCUAAAGGUGUCAACUGAUGAAGUGAAAUGUUUUUUUGUUACAGGAUGCAGGAGACCAUACUGCUCUUCUGUCUUUCAGGGCUCUUCCUGGGCCACCAUGCCUUGCCUCCUAUCAAAUCCUACUUCUACGUGGACCAGAAGCUGAGCUGGACCGAUGCUCAGCAACACUGCAGGGAGCAGAAUGGGGACCUGGCCACCGUAGACAACGUAGCGGACCUCCAGCACCUGCAAGAGUCCAGAACGGGCUUUAAUUACGACGACGACUUCAUGUGGAUCGGACUUUAUGAUGACCGCACCCGUUGGAAGUGGUCCCUAGGAGACCAGGACUACAAAGUUGGCCAAAACUAUGGAACGUGGUCUGGUCCUGACCCAGACUUCAGGAAUAACAAAGAGAAUUGUACAGGCACUACCUCUUCAGGUAGCUGGUUCGAUUCGUUGUGCUCCAAUCUAAAGGAUGCAGUUUGCUUUGAUGAUGAAGAGUCCAACUACAUCUUGGUCCAAAACACAAUGACUUGGUACGAGGCGUUGCAAUACUGCCGGUCUCACUACACUGACCUGGCCAUUGUGCCCAACGCGGCUGAGAACAGCAAAGUAAUGGCACUUAAUCCACAAUCAUCAUGGAUUGGUCUCCACAGACAUCCGUGGUCCCUCUGGUCUGACGGAAGUAGUGCCACUUUCUUGAAUUGGGGACCCGGUGAACCAAACAACCAUGGAGGCCCCAUUGCUCCACGUUGUGUCAAAAUGUCUGUAACCUCAGGGCAUUUUUUUGAUGAGGAAUGUGGCCUUUUGUAUAACUUUGCCUGCCAGGGAAAUCUGAAGCACUCGUCCUUCAAGAUCAAGAUCAGCUCUGAAGCCGACAUGACGGAUCCUGAGGUGGGACGCCAGAUUUUGGAACAGGUAUGUUAUGUUCUUGCAGUAGGAGACGUUUGGGCAGCAACACGGCAAAAAUAAAAUCGAAUGCUUCCCUUAAGUAUGCUUUUAUUUGUCGGCUUCUGCAUUAAUACAAAGAUUGGUUUUCCUAUUAUUAAAUAGUUUGGAAUAAUUUAAACUUAAAACGUGCAUACCUGUGAUAUAUGAAGCACUUGAAUGUAAUAUAUUUAUUAACUUACUCUUGGUAACUUAACCCACUUACUAAGUGCUUCAUAUUUCAUAUUUGCACUGUGAGAUGUAAAGAACGAGAAUGUAUGAGAAUGCUGGAACCAUCCAAAUCAAUUAUUAUCUUUUUAACUGUGCCCAUGAUUAUGCUGCCGCGUGCCAUUGGUGGCACGCGGGUUGCCGACCCCUGAUAUAUAU